AUGGCUCUUUUCGCCAUAAAUCUCGAUAUAUUCGGGCAUGAAUCGGUGAGCCAAUUAUGGGCCAGACCGAUUGUGGAUUGGGUUGAGUAUGUGCGGAUCGGGCUCUGAUACCAUAUUAGAUUGUGGGGUUCCAACCUAAAACCAAUUGGAAAUGAGUGGAGAGGCCCAUAUAUCUUAUAUACUAGUCAGU